CAUCAGGGAGGAGGAGGAGGUUGUGCAUGGAAAGGGCUCAUGGUUUUUGCUAUCACUGACUUGGUCUUACUGAGUUCUUUUAGUGACCUGCCCAUUUCCCCGCUGUCCUAAUUGGAAUGUAGAGAAUUCUCCUAAUUGAGCAAAGAAUCCCAUUUCCUAAGGGCAAUCCAGGCAAGCCUUGUACUUAUGUGCAGUACACCCGGGUCAGGAUGGCUCCUGUCCAUCCUCUGCACCAGAGACUUUGGAAGGUGACCGCAGGGCUUGCCUUGCUCCAGGAUCCGUGGAUCCACCAUCUCCGAGAUAUGUGGAAAGGUUCACCUCGUGUUCAGUCACCUUCAUCAGUGCCAGCAAACAUGAGAACUAGAAUAGGAAUGAAAGGGAAGGAAGCAACAAGUACGUGUUGUUGUGCAGUUGUGAGGUGAGAGGAGAGGAAGCCUCCAGUGCAGAGAGGAAGUUGAACAUCAGAAAGACUGUGGGAAGAGAUGAAAGGGUCAGGAGGGGAGAGCAAGAGAGAACAGAGCCUCUUGCUUCUCAUUGUUGUGGAUCUUGUACCACAAGAAUCUAGUUUUCUGACCCUCUCAUCAGUAAAUACCCUGCUGAUGUUACUGUUUCCUCAGGUGGGUUGUUUUCCAGAUGAGACCUCAGCUGUGCUUCAGCCUGGACAUUCCACUGGGUGAUGGAGAAGAGCUCCAGUGCACACCCUUUCCCCCAGGAGACACACGUGGCUGGGCUGUGUGUGCCUGGCAGGUGUAGGGGCUGGUUACUGUGAGGGGAGUAAAUGGCAGGUGGGAGCAGGUUUUGCUCUGAACACAGACGAGGAAGAGUGAUGGCAGGCAGUGGGGAGCAGCAGAGAUUGUCCACACAGAGACUGGGGACACAGAGGGGCCUGCACCUGCAGCCUGUGCUACCCAUGUCCCAUUGGUGGCAGGGGUGACACAAACUGUCUGGCCUGGUGGGCAUUCCUGUCCUGGUGUCUGUCCUGCCAGAGGUGGCAGGAGGAUACAAGGGGCUGCCUGCAGCACCCUGUCCCUGCAGGGCAGGAGCUGGGGUCUGGAUGCUCAUGGCCAGAGCAGGGGGCAGGGGGCUGCAGCGGUCCCUGCCUGGCUGGGGCUUGUACAUCCCACAACCAGAACAUUGUGACCAAGCCCAUCCCCGUGUUGAAUUGGGUGGCUGGGGGCUGGCAGGGUGUGCGGGUCCCCCCCACCUGAGCUCAGCAAGGACACUAGAUGGGUGUGGACAUCACCCUGUCCCCCCCUGUGAUGGCAGCGCUGCCUCCUCCAAGGGCUGCAUUUCCUGGUGUAAAACAAAACAGAUUUGGUGGUGCUGUAGGAAACUGGGGAAGCCCUUUUUCCCCUCACCUGCCUGUGCCAGCAGCAGAGAACUGCUGGGCCGGGCCCUUGGGCACUGGGAAAGGGCCAUCAGCAGUUCCUGGAUACAUUACUUGGGGCUCAGGGCCAAGGGUAUGUGGUCAGGAUGAAACCGGAGGAGGAAUCAAGCGGAGUGGAGAUAAGAAUUGGGCUGAAGCAAGAGAAGGGGAAGCCUGUGAGCACAGAGAGAACUGUCUGGCUGAGUGUGAGGAGGGGAGCUCCCAGCAGGGCUUCAGCUCAUCUCAGCUGAGCAGGGACCCUCAAGCUGCAGGAGAGACGGGAACCUCCUGGCUGAUCCCACCAGGCACCCAGCAUCAUCACCACGAGGCUGUUGGAAAUCAUGGAGAUCCAGCUGACCAGUGGCUUUCUGUCCUUAUUGUUCCUCAUCUGGCUGCCAACUGGGACAAUCAGCCAGACAGAAAAGUCAGACAUCAGGCAGUGUAAGCUUGAAAUCUGGUCAAAGAAUCUCACAGUGCAUGUGAAGUGGUACGAACCUAAAGGUCUGGAGUCGUGGAAUCAAACCAACACCAUGGCUCCGGGAGAAAACUGUACGAAUCUCAUCAGCCCCUGCAUGAGUGCAGCCCACGUGGGAACCUGUGAGUUUAGCAUCUCCAUCACAAGAAUAAAUUCAACAGACACUGGAAAUGGCACACAGGAGACAGUUCCCAGGUGUUGCCUUGCAGGACUUCAGACCAAUGUCACAGAGGAGAAGAUCUGGACAGGACUCAACCUCUUGUGCAUCUUCUUUGGCUUAGCGGUGGGGACACUCAUCUACACACCCAUCCUUGGCUUCCUGCUGUGGCAGUGCAGAAGGAACAGAACAGGAAAGAUCACAAGCAGGGAAGUGGCAGAAGUGGAUCAGCUCAGCAGGGAAGCCCCGGUGACAGGGACAGAGGACCUGACCUAUGCCAACCUGAAGUUUGAAAAGGAGACAAAACCUGCCUCCUCCAGCAUCAUUUACACCGAGAUCAAGCCAUCACAAUAGAAGCAGAGUGGUGGGAAUGCCAGUGCAGCCAGCACAGCAGUGUAUGUCUCCCCCAGCAGAGAGGGCAAAUGAAGGAGAAGGAAGGGUGAGCAGCUUGUACAUCUGUUGGGGUUGUUCUCCCUAAAUACUAGGUGUUAGCUC